UUGGUCGCCCCUGUCAUGCCCCUUGGUUGCAUAACGGCACGAGAACCGAGUCAGGUGCAGUGAAACGAAGCGCCACGAAAACCGCCGCCAUCAGGUUGGCCUGGGUCGUCGUCGUUGGUGGUGUGCACGCGGGGAUGGUGCAUUCGAAGAGCGCAGUGUUCAUUGCUGUGUGCGCCGUGGCGUGGUAUGUUUUGCCAAGUGUUGUAAGCGGGGCGGCCAGCGUCGCGGUGGCAUUGCUUACGUUCUUGGCGCUGGCAGCCGGGCAAUCGGUGAUGGAGAUGUCGCAGAUCGCCCACUCGUCGCUGUUGUCGCCCGCGGCGGCUGCGUUUUAUUAUGGGCGCCACGGGAGCAACCCGUCGUCGUCGUUCGCAGCCAAGCUAUUGCAUGUUGGAUUUCGCCCCGACGCGAUACGUCGUGUGCCCCCGUCGGCCUACCUACACGCGUCCUACGGCCUCGACAAGAGCGUGGCGGAUGAGCUGGGGACACUCGUCAACAUCGUCGUCGCAGACUUUGUCACGUUCUGGUACAAAUCCUUCACAUCGGACGACUUGUUCGGGUCGUCGGUCAAGUUGGUCUUGUGCGACAUUCUUGGCGGCCUUUGCAUCCGAAUCCAGCGCACGUUUGACCUGCAUGGAACGCUAAGCACGGCCACGGAAGGGCUCCAGGUCGUCCAGUUACACCUGGCGUGGUUUCGCGAGCUGUACGCCGAGCUGUGCGAAAAACACCCCCACGCGUUUGGCGACGAUUCGGAUGCGAGUUUGGCGCGCCGACGACGGUUGGUGCUCGACGCGGUGGCCGCACACGAGCCCCCGAAGCUCCACCAUGGCGCAAUUGACACCCCGGACUACCUCAAGCAGCUCUCGACCCAGCUCCUCGCGGUAUUGCGACCCGACUUUGACGACAGGUGCAACAUUCAACGGUCGUUUGUGUCGUUCUCGUACAUGGCGUGGCACUUUACGAGCGAAAUCCUUGCCCGGUGUGUCCUGGGGCCGCUCGUGGCAUAUUGUAACCCCGAGCACUUGAACCCACUGGUAACUUCGCUCCUGGCUCCGUUUCACGUCCGAGAACUUGAACUCGACACCAAAGCCAAGCGCCCGCUCAACUCGUACACGGCGUCGCGCGCGACAUGUUGCACGUACGACGAUGAUCAACUCGUGAGCCAGUUGGUGUCCCUCAUGGAGGAACUGGACUCGCCCGAAUCGGGGCCACAGCUGCUUCCCUUGGCUCCUGCCGUGGAGGUGUCAGGCACGUCUGGAAUCGUGGCCACGGAUAAGCCCCCGCUGCCUCUGAAACCCAAGCACAGGAAGACUCGGUCCAUCUUGGACGUGUCUGCGACAAUGAAAGCCCGGUUCUCGAAACGGCGGACGAGUCGCGCGACCAGCGACAGGUCGACGAGCUCCAUGUCUGCCUUGGACGUGACCGAGCUGAGCAAAUGCAGCGACAUCGGCAGCGAAAUCGCGCCAUCGCACCUGCAGCCGUCCAUAGGACGCGAUAUCGUGCAACAGGUAGAUCAUGCCAUUCGGUUGUACUUGGCGCUAGAUCCCAAGCUCCUCCUAUCCAGUGGCCGGACGCGGGAGCUCCAUGGACUGGUGUCGUCACUGGAAGAAGUGCUCCUCUUUGGCUACAACGGAGCUGACCCAGCGUCCCCCACGACGGCGGCUUCUCCGACGCUGCCGACGGUCGACGAGUCGUACUGGACAUACCUCAGGCAACGCCGCGCGCAAACGUCGUUUUGGAACGAUCGGGUGAAGUUAGUUCAGUCGUUGCCGGCGCCGCGGGCGAGUGAUGGGCACUUUUCACCGCGCGGGGUGCAGUGGCUUCUAUUGGCACUGGAGGAAGGCGAGUUGUGGGAAUACUUUACCGCGAUGGCCGUGGACGCAUCCGUCACGAAUGUGUUUUACGAGCCAUACGCGGUGCUGCGCGACAAGGAGCUCCGCUCGGACCUGUUGGCAUCACUGUUUCGCCUCAACGGGUUCCGCAUCACGCUGCACCUCCAAACGUUGGGCCACGAUCGGCUCACACUGUCCAACAAUCUCCAAACGAUCGAGAACCAUCCAUUUGGAGUGACGUGCGUCGUAGAAGAGGCGUGGGAGAGCGAGCGAUACUUGCCACUGCAGGGCUGGACAAAAUCGUCGGACAAGCGAAAGCGAGAUGACGAGCGGCUGCCAACCUCAGAGUGGGUGUGGGACGGUCCAUGGACUCUGGAAGGGCACCCGGAAGCCGACACGGACGGCGGCGACAGCGAUGAUAACGCAUCACCGCUGGGACGAGAUCCCCCCGCCAGGGACAACAACAGAGGCUGGUUGUAUUCGAAGACGUCCAAGAACGUCGGGUUCCACGCCAAGGAAAGCCGGCUAGACUGUGUGCGGCGGCGCAAGUGGCUCCGUCACCGCAAAACUUUACCUUUUGUGAUUGUCCCUGUGAGCCACCUCCUCCACGACGGGUCGGUCGACCAAUCUGCCAGUUCCAACCAGGACAAAGAAAAGCCAACGACGUCGAGUCGACGGCUCGCAGAUGUGAGUCCUGUUCAGUCCACCGCACAGGGGACUGCUUGCUGCCGAUUGUGUCGUCGGUCCGUGGAAGGAGCCAGCACCUGCUUGACAUGUCCUCGCUGUUCCGAGAUGGCGUGCUUUUCAUGUAGCAACCAGUGCGUGAUGGACGAAUCGGCGAAACAAGUUCGGGUCUGUGCCACUUGCUACGAGACACACGCGGCGCAGCUCCGACUGCGGCUGACAGCUCGAGCGACGCGUGUACCCGAGGCCGCGACCGUCCUGUUUGACAUUCACGUAACUUCCGGCGACGGUCUAGCUUGGACGGGUCGCAAGACCAAGGCGGAGAUCGACGCCCUUGUUGCCCUGGUGACUUGCCACCAGCCCGACGCAGGCACCGCUACAUCCACCGUCCGGUCGUUGCAAGCUCGAAUGGUGCGUGGGAAUCGACCAUGCGCGCGUCAUCCGCUGACACUCAGUUCGACUCGACAGCAUCCUCACGAAUCGGACGAGAGUGCCGUGAAUCGCGUCCUGGACUACAUUUUGAAGGACGGCACCCUGUGCCAAUCCCCCGAUGUGCAACAAUUCCUCUUGGACCUCGCUUCAGGGUCCCCCGCUGCAGGCACGAAAGCGGACUUGCUGUCGAAGCUGCGUCACCAGUCGGCCCGUCAAGGCCAGGUGCUUCUCCAGAAGCUCGAAAUCCAUGCAUUCAAAGUGAUGGACGAAAUGUUUGAGCUGGACGACAUGAGCCGCAUGCGGCGCAGGCUCCUCUCCGUCACACGGACGUUCAUUCGCGUGUCGUUCAACGCCACAUGCCAUCGCAUCGUGGAGGCUCAGUUUGGCGAGUGGACGCAUCCGAAGCGAAUUGCCAGCGCGCUGUGUGACUUGCGCGCCGCCGCGAUUCCCACCGAUGGCGUGUACGUUCGACAUAGUGCGCCAGCGACCCCCACCACGAUCCUCAACCAAGCUCGCCAGUGUCGAUCGGCGCUCUUGCGCAGUUGCCCACCCGCGUUCGUUUCGUUGCUCGGGGAAAGGUCCACGCGCCAUGGAUGCCUAAAACUAUUUGAGUUUUUGCAGCACGAAGUGAUCGUCAAGAACUUGGUCUUUUCCUUGAUCGACGUCGUCUUGCACAGAGUGUUUCCAGACCUGGCUGUGCUCAAGGCGAAGAAGCGCAGCGGCGCGUCGGCCAGGCAAACGUGAUGUUAAGAUUGUGAUGGACCGUUUGUGUUGUCGCCA